ACAAACCCUCACCUCCGAUUUCAACAACAAAGAAAUUCAAAUCCAUUUCCGAAGAGAAAAUAUGUCAGGAAGAGGAAAAGGAGGUAAGGGAUUAGGAAAGGGAGGAGCCAAGCGUCAUCGGAAGGUUCUCCGGGACAACAUUCAAGGCAUCACCAAGCCGGCGAUCCGCCGUCUGGCCAGGCGAGGUGGUGUUAAGCGUAUCAGUGGCUUAAUCUACGAGGAAACACGUGGGGUUUUGAAGAUCUUUCUUGAGAACGUCAUCCGUGACGCCGUCACGUACACCGAACAUGCUCGCCGGAAAACUGUUACUGCCAUGGACGUCGUUUACGCUUUGAAGCGCCAGGGCCGCACUCUCUACGGAUUUGGUGGGUAGAUGAACCAUAUGCUUUUAGGGUUCUUGUUUGACAGCGAGGUUUUCAUUGGAUUUUUGUUUAGUUAGCUUCUCUAAAUCUGAAGUGAUGUUACGUGUAAUUGAAUCUAUUAAUACAAUAUCGCUUAAUUUAUCAA